GUCCGAUGCAUUAAUCUCCUUUAAAUUUCCAAUUGAUAACAGUUUUGUCCCUAUGAGUAGAAAAGUGCCGAAGUUGCCGAUCGAUGUCCACUGCACCUUCAGUCAACCAACCUCCCCCCUCCAAAUACUAUAUAAUGUAAUCAAUUCCCCUAUCGUAUUUGUCUAACACCUCUCCCUCCAUACACCUAUAUCCCGUUCCGAGUGUCUUAAUCCUCAACUCCACAGCGACUAUGAAGCUCUCAAUCCUUUCCCUGGCGUCUCUCGCGCCCCUGGUUUCCGCUCACUUCAAGCUGAACUACCCGACUAGUCGUGGAUUCGAUGAGGAUAAGAUGACUCAAUUUCCCUGCAGUGGACUGUCUCAAUCUUCGGAACGGACGAAGGUCUCUCUUUCCGCCGGUGACUUCCCUGUUGCCUUAACAAUGGGCCAUGCCCAGACAGCAGUGGAAGUGCUUCUUGCUCUUGGAAACGAACCUGGCACCAAUUUCAACAUUACUCUCCACCCGACCUUCCGAGUGGAGGGGUUGGGUUCCUUCUGCCUCCCCAAUAUCACUUUCGAUGAAUCCGUCGUCGGCGUCAAGUUGACAGAAGGAAUGAACGCAACCCUGCAGGUGCAGAGCAAUGGUGACCCAAGCGGUGGUCUUUACGCGUGUGCUGAUAUCCAAUUCACGGAGACGGACUAUUCCGCACCCUCCUCUUGCUCGAAUAACACUGGGGUUAAGGCGACUUCAUUCACCGGGGAUGCCGCAAAGCGCAAUGCGAACGAGUCCACUGCUGAUGGCCAGGCGCAGAGCGGCUCGUCUUCGCCCUCCUCUUCUUCCAGUUCUUCUACCGGUAGCGCUACAUCCACUGCUGGUGCGGUCGCCCUAGAGACUGCCGCUUGGGGAAUGUUGGGUGCUGCAGUUGUUGGUGGGAUGGCAAUUCUGUGAAUUUUACCUUAGGUAGUUCUUCCAGGCUAUGGGAGAACAAUGAGUCUACGGCUCUUUUUUUU